AUGCUAGCGUAUUCUCAAAGAGAUAGAUGGUCUUUUGAUAGCGAACACUUAGGUUCUAGCAGACGGAAACUUAGUGGUAGUAGCAGUAGCAGCCGAUUCUCCUUCUCCCAAUCCCUUGUAGAUCAGCAGAUAUGUGGAGCUUGCUCAAAGUUUGAGAAGUCUUCUGUUGCCAACUUCGAGCGCCAAAUCGCUGCUGUUCUUGCCUGUGGCCAUGUUUACCACGCAGAGUGCUUAGAGACCAUGACUACAGAGAUAGAGAAGUACGAUCUUGCUUGUCACGUAUGCACUAUUGAGGAGAAACAGGUUACAAAAAUAACAAGGAAAGCCUUAAAGGCAGAGGCAAAGCACUACAGAAGAUGUAUAAACCGCGUUGUGGAUAGUUACAGAGAGUUUAUGUUCCAGAAGACAGAAGGAAAGGCUCUAAAGAUGGAACCUAGUUUCAGUAGCAAAGGCCCGUCUAAGUCAUUCUUGAAAUGGCGUUUGGCUUCGAUCAGUUCCAAGUUGAGUAAACUCUCGUCCAAAGACUCUGCAUUAAAGAAAGGGUUUUGGUCUAGACACCGUUCUUCAUCAAACAUAGAGGUAAAAGAUCCAUACACUUUAAGAGAUUUUGAAAUGGUCUUAUGA